AUGACGAUGCUAGUUAUUCUUCUUCUUCUUCCUCGUCUCACUCUUUCAGCUACUUCUUCAUAUUCUCUUCCGGAGAAGUAUUACGUCAACUGUGGGUCCGAUUCUGAUGUCAUCUACGGUGGUCGGACCUUCGUCGGAGAUAUGACCUCCGGUGGUAACUCCGUUUCCUUCACCAAAGAAGGAACUGAAACCAGCAGCAACCAAUCCGGAUCAUCCACUUCGCCGGGAAUCUAUCAGACGGUUAGGAUCUUCAGACGCACUUCUUCUUACAAAUUCCAGCUCGAUUCUGCUGGUCUACACUUUGUGCGUCUCCAUUUCUCUGCUCUCUCUUCUCCAACAGAGAUUUCAACUGCUCGUUUCACCGUCUCCGCUACUUCUGGUUCUAAUCACCACUUUAAAAGUUUCUCCGUCCAGAACUUGACUGAGACUCCACGGGUAGAGGAGUUUCUCCUCAUGAUUUCUUCGCCGGAAUUCGAAAUUCAGUUUGUCCCCGAUCCUUCCUCUGUAGCUCUCGUCAAUGCCAUCGAAGUGUUCUCUGCUCGUGACGACCUAGAUAUUUUGUCAAAGUUUGACAAGAAUCUGCAUACGGUUUACAGAUUAAACGUAGGAGGAAAGAAAAUCACACCGGAAAACGACACCUUGGGACGAACUUGGUCGCUAGACGAUGACUUUCUCUACCGAAAAGAUGCUGCGAGGAACAAUCAAACAGCACAAAAGCCUAACUACGAGUCAGGGUCAGUCUCAGCUACGGAAUAUACUGCUCCUGAUCCCGUCUACAAGACGACUAAAACGAUGAACCGUAGCUCGAGUGAAGGCGUGGGGUUGUUGAUGAAUGUCACAUGGUCACUUAAGGUCAAGAGCAACACUAGACACUUCGUCAGGACUCACUUCUGUGAUAUCUUGAGCAAAACACUAAACCCUGACUCCGAUUUCUACCUCUAUGUAAACGGGCAUUUGCGGAUAGAUGUAAAGCCUUCAGAGCGCGUAAGGUUGGUCACUCCGUUUUACAAAGAUGUCGUGGAUGUCUCUGAUGGUUCUGGACUCUUGAAUGUAAGCAUAGGUACUAAGGAGCUCCGUGUAGAUGCUGGUUUCUUGAAUGGUCUUGAGGUGAUGGAGUUUAUGGAAAAGUCUGCCUCUGUCUCUUCAAGUAAAAGUAGCUCCAUGGUUUACAUCAUUGGUGGUUGUGUAGCUGCUGGAUUGAUUCUGGUCUUGAGUUUGUUGUUCAUGGUUUUCUUGAAACGGAGGAGAUCCAAGAACAAGAAGAAGAAGGCAGACGCUGAGGUCACUGUGUGGUCUCCUUUGCCAUUGUACAGAGGUGGUGGUGGUGGUGGUAGUUCCGAUAACCGACCUUUCGAUCCGGUUAACAAUUCACCACUAUGCAACACACAAAGCAGCAAUACUACAAAGCUUGAACUUAAGCUAUAUUUUCAUCAACGAUUGAAUGGGUCUUCGCAGUUUUCUGUCGCUACUUUAGUUGAGGCUCAAUAUGCUUCAUUUGAUUACCUCAGUAAUGGGCCGUAA